GCGCUGUAUGCGGCAUCGGGAUUUAAACGGCAGUCAGUCGCCCGCGCUUCAUAUUGCUACUGCCGUUUGCCACAUUACUUAUGCUGACCGCGGAGCUACAUUGAGAAACAUCGCCUACGAGAACCAGAACCGUCAAAAAGCAUCGACAUUAAGGAAAUGAAGUCCAUUGCCCAGCUUCUUGCGUCUCUCUUCACCCUAAGUUCACUGCACGGAAUUUCGUCACUCGACACGCCGAUCGUUCACAUAACUUUAGGAUCGGUGGCCGGGCGACGCUUGCACCUCGAGCACGGAGACGUCGAUGCCUUUUUGGGAAUACCAUAUGCGACGCCACCGAUUGGACAAUUGAGGUUCCGGAAACCGCUGCCGGUGAAACCCUGGAAUGACGUUUUGAAUGCCACAACAAAGACCACGGCGUGUUGGCAGACGGACUUUACUCCGCUUCGAAACGUGAGUUUAGUUUACCCAGUAGCCACAGAAGACUGCCUUCACAUCAAUGUGUGGAGGCCAUCGCAUAUCUGUGACGAAGGAGUCAGCUGCUGUGGGAGAAACCUUUCCGUGGUCGUAUUCGUAUACGGCGGCGCGUUUCAGUGGGGUGACGCUGGGCUCUUCAUAUACGACCCAGCCAAUUUCGUCGCGCUGUCAAAUGUCGUGUAUGUCACAUUCAAUCACCGACUAGGCAUCAUGGGCUUCUACCCAUCAUCGGCAGAGAGCUUACCGGGGAACGUCGGCUUCUACGACCAGCUGUCAGCGCUGCGAUGGGUCAAGGAUAACAUCGCGAGCUUCGGAGGAAAUCCUGGUGACGUCACUCUUGUAGGGCACAGCGCGGGAGCCAUGAGUGUGGGACUGCACUGCACGUCGGCCAUGAGCCGUGGUCUCUUCAAGAGGGCCAUCCUUCAAAGCGGCACGCCAAUCACGUUAAUCAUCGGCGUGGCCUUUUCGGGUUCUGUACUCUUUCGAGAGCAUGCCGAAAAGUUGGGCUGUUAUGCCUCCGAAGCCGAAACUCGAAAGAAGAUACCCGAAAUCUUGCAGUGUCUACGUCAGCUCGAUGCUAAAAAAAUCUACAGUACAAUCGGUUCCAAGUCUAUACAAAGCCAAUUAUUCGUACCGGACUCGGGAGAUGACUUCCUUCCAACAAACAUUCUAUCUGUGGAAAACUGGAAAAAAAUACACGUUGACGAGAUGCUCAUCGGCACUACGUCUGAGGAAGGGGCGCUGUUCAUUGACAUCAUCCGUAACGCUGCGCCGGACUUGGACUCCGUCCUGACUGAAGAUUACAGAAGGGGAGUCGCCCUCGCCCUUUACCUUGUGUUUGAGAUUCCCGUAGACAAAGCUAACGUCAUUGUGGAGCAUUACUUUGGUGCUCCUGAAGUACAACAUGAGCAAGAAAGCGUGAUAAAGAUACUCGGCACACUACUCGCGGACGUUUUAUUCAACUGCCCUGCGCAUUUCUUCGCAUCAACAGCGGCGAAAGAAGGCGUUGCCACAUACGUGUACAAGUUCGACCACCGGCCAUCGUACAGUAUGUGGCCCAAGCACUACGGCCCAACGCACGUCGAGGAACUUCCAUUCACAUUUGGUACUCUGCCAUUUUUCUCAGAUGAGAGCCGGUUAACGUCGCCGCCUUUGACAGAAGAAACAAAGCAGUUCCUGAAGUCGAUUCGAUUCACGCCCGAAGAACAGUCGCUCAUGCUACAAACUGUUGGCGUUUGGUCUUCUUUCAUCAAGAAAGGAAAAAUGCUGCUCCCGGGCUCAAAUGAAACCUGGCCCAAGUACUCAGCUGAACACCCUGAGUAUGUCACUAUGAAACCUAACUGUUUCAAGCGAACGAAGCUCAGCGAACCCUGCCACCUCUUCAAGCCUUUCCUAGUAAAGGAGUGAACGGCCGAGUCCUCAUCAUCUAGUCAACGCGUGUUAUAUUUCUGUUGAAGAGUGCCAAUUUGCGAUUUUGUUCUAUAGAACUUCAUAAAGUGGUGAUGCUUUGUCCUACAAAUGAAGGAAUUUUGACGCUAGGCUCAGUGCCUAAUAAAAUAGUGAUUCUAUAACACUCUGUUUAUAUUAUCCACAGAAAAAGCAGCCAAGAGCGGCUCUGUACGACUCCAAAGCGCGGAAUUAGCUCAAAGGCCGGUGGUUUGUGCAUGCUGUUACACCGCCCUAAGCGUUUCGUCUUUUCCAUCCGCCUGGACUUCGCAUAUAAACAACGCCUAGCUUUCCUAAAGCUUCCCCAAAGGAGGCUCCUUGGCGGGGUGAUUGCCUUCAUAUCUACAAAUUCCAAUUAGUUUCAACUUGCCACAACAUUCCAGUCACUUUUUCUUGUCGUAUUUAACCAUAAAUAUCAUGAAAUGAUAAAAUGAUUUCUGUUCAGUGAAAAGGCACCGUUCUGAGGAUGCUUUUUCAGCGCUUAUGAUUGGCUCGCACUUUAAUUCGUUUAGUUUCCUGGUGUUUGUACAACCCAAAUGAUAACUCAAUGUAGAAGCACUGGUCGUAGGAAGGAGACUUCGUUUCUUUACCUUUUUUUUUAGUGUUCUGUUCCUAAACUAUACAUUCUCGAGCACAUCUGCACACCCCCCGAACACUAAGCUCCUACUCACGCGCAGGCCAUUUGACCACACGGAGUAGUGUCAGUAGAAUGACAGGGCUAAAAAAUAAUCUUAACGACCCGCUAUGUUGGGAGAGUUGAUGCACAGCUACUUGAAAUGAAACUCCAAAGGGCCUUCUUUCUGUCCCUUAUUUCUCUUCUCGUUCGUAAGCUUGCGCCGCAUCUUUCAAGUAAAAAAUAAGGUACCUGUAAAUUCGGUGUGACUGCUGAGUUAGUGACAUUGUUCAAGUACAGAAUAUAGAGGCAAAGAAGGAUGUAAACAUUUUCUUUUCUCUAGAUUCAUACAUAGUAUGAUCUCAACUACAGAGGUGAUAGCGUUCAAAUCUCUCUUAUCAGCACUAGACAACGAGGCAGUGCUAUCAUGAGCAUGUUUCGUUGAAAACGUAUGCAGCUAUAUACAAAGGCGUUGAAACGAAAAUCAGGUCGACGGCGGCCCAUCCUUAAGUCUUAAGUUACGUACUUUACGACAACCUUGUCAGGCAGCCGAAACAGUGGAACGAUAAAACGCACAAGACGAAGCAGAAGCAGUCAAUUUCUGUCGCACGCGUAACACUGAACAACGGUG